CACCAUCGUGCUCUCAAUCUAUCUCUAUCCCAUUUAUAUAAUCCUGGGCUUCUGGUUGUACAUCUGGACUUUUUGACAGCUAUCAAAUAUGCACCGCGUCCUCAGCAUUGUGGAAAUACUACGCACGGUCUUUGACUUUCUCGACGAACCCUGCAACGCCCGUAACGCCCGCGUCUGCAAGAAUUGGACUUCAGUUGCUCUUGAUCAUGUCUGGGCAGACGCGGAGCCGGACGUCUUUCGGUCACUUUGUCCCAUGCAUGUCACAGAGUCAACACCGGUGGACGAUGAAGACGGCAUUACCAAGAUACUGACAUUCUCCCGCCGACCACUUCUCAAUGACUGGAUUCCAUUCCUCGCCAACGCUUCCCGAGUGCGCACUUGGCACGACCGCUCAUCCACGUCUGAUUACAAGCUGUCGCGUGAAGCCAUCGCUGACAUUGGUAUUACGCGUCCUGCAACUCCAAAUUUUCCGAACCUAUCGGAAAUGUGGAUCGGGACUGAUGAAUUAGAGCCCUUUUUCAUGGGAGAAUCAGUCAAGCAUCUGGAUGUCGUUGUCAGACACGUUCCUGAAGAGGAUGUCGCCGAAUCACGCACUACCUGGGUUUUCCAGAAUGUGGCCGACAGGUUACCCCACUUGAGCGAACUGUGUAUCAGUUACCUCGAUGACGAUACUCCAAACUACGAUGGCCAAAUCAUGGCCCUACUCGAUAACGUCCCUAAGCUUCAGAAGCUCACCCUUCCAAUCAUGUGUUUCGAUGCAAAGAUCGCUUUCACACUCGCCAAUCACCAGGACCUUCACACAAUCAAGUUAGACAUUGAAACACCCAUCACGUUUUACACCUGUUCGCAGGACAUACGCGUCAUGUUCAGCCGCGUGCUACCCCUUCCCAGUGGAGCCUUUCCUUCGCUUCACACUAUCGAGUUCUCCUCUCCCAACCUUAACGACGCUUCGUCAUUCCUCUUCCAGCCCGAGUCACCGCUACGCAACUUAAAGCAGUUGUCGGUCCAUAUGCGAACCGUGCCCUUCUCGGAGGAAAUCGGUCGUUUUACAACAAAGCUCGCGACCGAAUGCCCUGGGCUCAAUGGACUUAGUCUGGCGUUCCAUGCGCUAAAGUAUGACGACGGGGUCCAGCUUGUAUCUACCCCCACCCUCGAGUUUCAGCAUUUUGCUAUCGUCUCUCAGCUUAACAGCCUCACUUCCCUAACCAUCCGCCAUCCACAUCCUAUUGACAUGGAUGACGAGGACGUAGCACACCUCGCUAAAGGCUGCCCUCACCUACGAGCUCUAUAUCUCAAUCCCUAUCCCGUCGCCACGACGCGCCCUCGGAGCACUCUCCUCGCCUUGAAACAUCUGGCCGAUCACUGUUCCGACCUCAGAUCCGUGGGUAUAUAUGUCGACGGGACCGUUACUGUCC